UGGCCAUGCACCAAGUGUUCUGUAGCCUUUUGAGCUCUUGUAGCUGAAUGAGUACAAAUCCGCACAACCACAUUCCAAAAUGUAGGGGAAAGCCUUCUCAGAAGAGUGAAGACUGUUAUAGCAGCAAAGGGGGGAACAACUCAAUAUCAAUGCCUAUGGUUUUGGAAUCAAAUGUUCAAUACUCAGGUGUCCACAUACCUUUGGCCAUAUAGUGUGUGUGGGAGGGAGGUGGGGAGGGAUGGUCCAAUUUAUCCCAAAGAUGUUGAGUAAGGUUCAGGUCAGGGCUCUGUUCAAGCCACUCAUUUUCUUCCACACCAGUUUUGUCAACCACAUGUUCAUGGACCCCAGUUUGUCCACAGGGUUACUGUCAUGCUGGAACAGGAUAGGCUGGGCUUCUCUAAUUCCAGUGAACGGAAAUAUUAAAGCUACUACAUACAAAGACAUUCUAGACAAGUGUGUGCUUUUAACUUUUGUGGCAACACCUUGAGGAAGACCCACAUAUGGGUGUGAUGGUCACAGACCUGCCACUACUGGAUGUUUUUUUUUCUUUUUUUGCAAGGUUCUGUGUAAACUUGGAGAUCACAUUUUUUCCAGUUCUGAUUUUUGAUGUAAACAUUAACUGAAGCUCUUGAUCUAUAUCUGCUUUUUGGAUUUUAUGCAUUGUGCUGCUGCCACAUAAUUGCAUGAAUAAUCAGGGGCACAGGUGUUCCUAUUAAGGUGGCCGGCCGUAAGUGUAAUGAAGUCUGUUCAUUUGUUUACAUCAAAAUGUACCUUUGAGAGACACACGGAUAAAUGAACUUCUUUAAGAGAAAUUGUUGAUGUGUUAUUGGUCUAUUAAACAGAUUUUUUGGUGCGGCCCACAUGAUUUAGGGCUAAGUGUAGUGUGGCCUGUGGACUUAAAAAUUGACAACUCUACCUUAAGUGUUGUCACUGGAGUAGCUUGACCAUAAUAGCUAAGCACUGUAGCUAUUUGGCAGUUACCUAUGUAGCACUCUAUAAAUAAAACUUUACAUAUACUAAAGUAUUACAUAAAAUGGCAUCACACUGUCACAGUAAUCCAUCCAUCUUUUAUACCGCUUAUCCUACAGGGUCUGAGGGAACCUGGAGCCUAUCCCAGGGAUAGGGCACAAUCACAUGCCCAUUCAUACACUACAGACACUUUGGACAUGAAUAUCUUUGGACUGGGGGAAACCCACAGCAGGGGGAAAGCACACACAGGGCUGUGGCAUGAAUCAAACCCCCAACCCUGAAGGUGUGAAGCGAACGUGCUAACCACUAAGCUACUUUGUGUCUGACUAUUACAGUAAUGUUAUUAUAAAAUCAAACCUCUCGUAAAAUAAUCAUCUCCUAUAGAAUUGGCUAUGUACCUAAAUCUUUUAAACUCAUAGUUAUCAAACCACUGAUUAAAAAAACCUAACCUUGUCCAAUGUGAAUUUUCAAACUGUAGGCCAAUAUCAAACCUCCUAUUCAUCGAUAUCAUAGAAAACUAACUGCUAUUCAGGAGAGCCCUACCAACAAAAUUACACAGUCCUACUAUUAAAGAUGUUGAAUGAUAAAGUUGGCAUACUACUGAGAGUUUAGGAGAUCCACAGUAAUGUGCUUGGUGAGCAAAUUAAAACAUCUCAGUCUAUUAUCAGAAUGUGACCCACAGGACGCCAUUGUAAUGCUUUCAGUUGUAAUAAGUGACUGAUUGUAGUGAGGUUUUCCUCUUCUGUAUUCUUAGUCAACUUCAAUGGUCACGUGAUCUGUCGAACUGUCAGCGAUAUUACAGCUGACCUUUGAGUCAAGCAACUCUUCAGCGGGUGGCGCGUGGUGUCGGAGCCGUCUGAACUCAAACUGGUGCUUCCUCAGGAAAGAAAAUGCACUUCGGUUCAGAGGUGUUACAUGCGGUCAUGUCCCUUCUAGAUUGUGGAUUUAUAUUCACACAACGUUGCUCGAGUGUGUAAGGGACCUGCCUACGGAGUGCUCACUUGAGCGCGGAUGAAAUCUUUGAACAGGACUUAAAAAGAGGAACGAGCUUAAAUGAGGAACUUCCCAUAUAUCUAGCUGUAAUUAUUGUCUUCUGGAGCAGAAAACGCCCCGAAUGGGGAUUUUGAAGAGGACAGUUUUUGGAUAUGUAAACGUCUUCAGCGCAUCAUGUAAACAAGGGAAGCCGAGGCCAGACAUAUAAACAUGUUUGACAUCGCGGGCAGCUGCGAGUCGUCACAAAGCGACGCCAUCAAAUCCGAAACUUCCUUGGAUUCUCAGAUGGGUGAAACCGAAGCGCUAUCACAUGGACCAAAACAUGAAUCUAAAAUCCAAACGAGCAACUCGAAUGAGUCUGAUUCUAGCUUUACAGCAGAACCGAGCCCAGAGGAGCGCGCGACGACGGUUGGCGCGCGCGCGGUGUCGCUCCCACUCAGCGCUGCCGCGCGCAGGUCCAGAUUUCAGAGACAGCUGGAAGCUUCUGAACCAAAAACAUCAGCCGAGGUCCAGGAGAAAGGCUCCAUCACCCCUGCCAUGCGCAAAAAAUACCUGAAGGACUUGUUUUUGAACUAUAAUUCGCAUAGUGGCCUGUCAACAAUCCUAUCGCUCAAAAGCGCGAGCGAGGCGUCGAGGGACUGUGUGGACGCGACGUUGCAGGGCGCGGACGAGAGCAAUGCAUUCUGGGUACUGGACCCCACCGAACACGCAUGGAUGCUGGCGGUUGUGGACGGAAAUUAUGACACUAUAGCAGAGUUUCUCUUAGAGGACCCCAGUUUACUGACCAGGAAGGACUUCGUGAGUGGUUACACAGCUCUCCAUUGGUUAGCCAAGAAGGGGAAACACGAGACGUUAUUAAAGCUUCUAAAAGACGCCGAGAGGAAAGGGUACCCAGUCAACGUGAACUUAAAGGGCAGUGGAGGUCUUACACCUCUUCACAUCGCUGCUAUGCACAGCCAGUACAUGGUCAUAAAGAUCUUAGUUGGUGCAUUUAGUGCCAAUGUAGAUAGCAUGGACUACAAUGGAAAAAGGGCAUGGCAGUAUCUAAAAGAAAAUGCACCACCAGAGAUGAAGGAGCUCCUUGGUGCAUGGGAUGAUGAAUACACUAAUUGGCAACUAAAUUCUAAUAACAAUAAUGUAAAUUGUACUGAAGGCACUCCUACAGGGGACUGCCAAAAGGACACAGAGCACACAGACACCGUCCGUAGAAAUGGGCUAUGGCGCUUUGGUUCGUUUAGAAAGUUACUCUCCCCAUUUUUCUCUGGAGGUAAGAACUAAAGGACAUCAAAACCAGGCUGAUUAUGCCCCAAAUAUUACUUCCUGACAAUAUGCUUGUAUUCAUACAUUCAAGCAUAUACAUUUCAAUUCAAAAUUUUGUAAUUUUAUGCUUUUACAUUCAACUGCUAAUUAAUGAGUGUAAAAGUGUCUUAAAUGUUCCAUUUGUGUAUAUUCAGCAUUCCCAGCAAGCAUGUUUAUGUAAAUUAAAGUACCAGUAAUGGCAUAGAACGUGCUUGAAGCUGGAUAAAAAUCAACCCUCUCACUCAGUGGAUCCAUUGUGAUUUGAGAAUCAUAUUACAGCACUU